AUGGGGCCAGGCUGGCUGUUGCCCAUGCUGGGCCUGAUGCUGGAGCUGCCUGGGGGGUCCCCGGCGCAGAAGCAGCUCCCCAGGGAGCCCCACAACCUCAACUGGGGCAAGUGGGACGGGGUGCGGGGGCCAGCUGGGAGGGAAGGGGCCCCCACGAGGCCCACGUGGGCAGGAAGCUCUGACACCCGGUGCCCAGGGCCCUGCCUGGUGCCGCCUCGGGCCCUAGAGCAGCCGGGCAUCUGCGUCCUCAGCCUGGGGCGGCAGCGGGGGCCCCGAGGCAGGGCCGUGCCAUCCUGUGGGUGCUGGACGUGCCCUGGGCCUCAGGCUAGGGUCACCUGUCCUGUGGGUUCUCUGGGACUGGGGUGGGGGCCGAACCCGUGUGGCAGCCCAGACCCCGUGCCCCCAGCACCCUCUCUACAGUUUUCAGGGUUCUGGUACAUUGUUGCCAUCGCCUCUGACACCCAGGGGUGGUUGCCGGCCAGAGACAAGAGGAAGCUGGGGGCGUCUUUAGUGAAGGUUCACAAAAUGGGCCAGCUGCGGGUGGUCCUCGUCUUUAACUGGUCACAGGGGUGCAAGGCACACUCGCUGAUCCUGCGGAAAGACAGGAAGAGGGCUGUGUUCAGGAACACCUGUGCGUAACCGCUGGGCCCUCGGGAGAGCAGGGGGAGGGUGAAGAGGGUGGCGGGCUUCCACGUUCUGAUCUCUGACUACAAGGACAGCGUGGUCUACCUGCGCCUGGGCCGCCGGGCGGGCCAGGCCACCAAGACCCUGCUUCUCCUCAGUGAGUCCAGUGGCCGGGCGUGCGGGGCAGAGAGUGGGGGCCGAGCGGGCAUCGUGCCGGACACCCAGACCAGCGGCCACACAAUGGGCACUCACCCCUCAGUCCAGGGUGCCAGCCUGGCACAGUCCCCAGAGGCUGAGGUUAGGCCGGGAGCAAAGAUGGUCGCCCCCUACGUCCCCAGCUUCCAGAGCUCCAGCUCCGACCAGUGA